AUGGCUCUCCACCGACCUUCGAAGACCUCCAUGGCCCUCCACCGACCUUCACAGGCUUUCAUGGACCUCCAAAGACCUCCAUGGCUCUCCACCGACCUUCGAAGACCUCCAUGGCCCUCCACCGACCUUCAAAGACCUCCAUGGCCCUCCACCGACCUUCAAAGACCUCCAUGGCCCUCCACCGACCUUCAAAGACCUCCAUGGCCCUCCACCGACCUUCAAAGACCUCCAUGGCUCUCCACCGACCUCCAUGGCUCUCCACCGACCUUCGAAGACCUCCAUGGCCCUCCACCGACCUUCGAAGACCUCCAUGGCUCUCCACCGACCUUCAAAGACCUCCAUGGCCCUCCACCGACAUUCAAAGGCUUUCAUAGACCUCCAAAGACCUCCAUGGCUCUCCACCGACCUUCGAAGACCUCCAUGGCCCUCCACCGACCUUCACAGGCUUUCAUAGACCUCCAAAGACCUCCAUGGCUCUCCACCGACCUCCGAAAGACCUCCAUGGCCCUCCACCGACCUUUACAGGCUUUCAUAGACCUCCAAAGACCUCCAUGGCUCUCCACCGACCUUCGAAAGACCUCCAUGGCCCUCCACCGACCUUCACAGGCUUUCAUAGACCUCCAAGGCUCUCCACCGACCUUCGAAGACCUCCAUGGCCCUCCACAGGCUUUCAUUGACUUUCAAAGACCUCCAUGGACCUUCACAGACCUUUACAGAACUCCACAGACUUCUACGAAUCUACAUAGAUCUUUGCAGAGGUCCAUGGAGGUCUGUGAAGGUCGUCUGAUCUGGGCAGCAGCUCCAGGCUAG